UAAAGCUCCCCUCCCCGUAGUUGUACCUGUACCAUAGGUCCAUAGCUUCUCUUACAGCAUCUCAAUUUCUUGCCCGCGUUAGCAUCCUCUCGAAUGUUAUCUAAAGAUCUUUUCUUGGGAAAAAAAUAAAGAUAAACAAUAAGUAAAGCCCACUCCUUGCUUCAACUGCAACGACGCACAGGAUGAACUUCAAGCAUGGAAUCGUUUCUCUCUUUUUGCUCGCUCUCCUCUCGCCGGAGAUUCCUUGGGCAGCUGCUCAGCCUGCCACCGACCAGGAACAGUACCGUUACGCGAGGUUCAGCCCCUCCAUGGCGAUAAUUGUCGUCGUUCUUGUCGCCGCGCUCUUCCUCAUGGGCUUUUUCUCCAUCUACAUCCGCCACUGCACCAACGGACAGACCGCCAACAGCAUCCGUACGCGAGUUCUCUCCAGGCGCGGCGCCGCCGCAACACGUGGUCUCGAUCCGGCGGUGAUCGAGACGUACCCGACACUUGUUUACUCUGUGGUCAAGGGUCUCAAGAUUGGGAAGGGCGCGCUGGAGUGCGCCGUGUGCUUGAACGAGUUCGAGGACAACGAAAAGCUGCGUUUGAUCCCCAAGUGCGACCACGUCUUCCACCCCGAGUGCAUCGAUGCCUGGUUGGCUUCCCACACAACCUGUCCCGUCUGCCGAGCCAACCUCGUCCCUCAACCCGGCGAGUCCGUACACCAACUGGGCGAGUUUGACGCCGGCUCGGACCUCGAAGCCGUAAACGACGACGUCGGGGAAGUAUCCAACAGAGAAACGGAACGGGAACAAGGAGUAGAAGAACCGGUAGUGAUCGAUGUGAAGCAUACGUUGAACCGGAAUCGGACGCGGGGAUCAAGGUCGACCCGGACUUGGAGGAAUCCGUUUCCGCGGUCCCACUCAACGGGGCACUCAUUGGUCCAACCGGGUGAGGACACGGAACGGUUCACGUUGAGGUUGCCGGUUGAGGUGAGGAAACAGAUAAUGAACCGUAAGUUAAGCCGGGCCACUAGUAUGGUUUUGUUACCGAGGGAAGGUAGUUCGAGGCAGGGUUACAGAACCGGUUGGGAAGGAAGUAGCAGAGGGAAGAAUUAUAAGCGGCUCGAGAAACCGGACCAGGUGAGUAAAUCGGGCCGGUGGGCGUUUUUUACGAGAGCAUUGUCGUUGAAGUCACCGAAAGUGGCGGCUAAUUAUGGGGAGGGGACUUCGGCUCAACCGGAAACAUCGAAGAAUGGCUCGGCUCGACCUCCGGUUUGAGGACAAUUUUGAUUCGAACGCCGAUUGUAAUGUACUGUGUCAAUGUGUUUCGUACUACAUCUUUUUAAUUAUUUUUUGGGAGGUUUUGUUUUGGCCCUUUUGGGUGUUGAAAUUAAUAGGUGUAUUAAUUUUUUUUUGUUUUUUAUGUAAAUGGAAAA